ACGUCUCGCACAUUCGCUGACCUGAACUGGUUUCAGCAACAAAUACGCACCUAUCAUCUAGCAAUUUCCCACAGUACCUGAAGGCAGCAUUACGCUUUCCUGUGAAAGAGGCGUGGCGUGUUUCGCCAGGCAAGGGCACACAAGAUUGGAUGACACUCGUCUUAUUUCGGGACCUUAAACCACAGCUGUAGUUUGGAUCUAAAAACACUGCGAAGCUCUCAAGCAUCACCAAUGUGACUUUGGAGCCUUGCUGCGUGUGAUGGUGACAUACUGACUGGGGUUGCUUCGGCCCCUGUUGUGAAUGGCUGUAAGCAGAGGGAGCAUCGCCUUCUGGGUGGGGUGUGUCCGCAUCCAUGGCAGAAGGCAGCCCGUCACAAAGCACAUCGGGAGUCUGAGUCAGCCAGUUGACUUGCAGUGGAUCUGCCCAACACGUCCUUUCAGCAGCGCAUCAUGGGCCUUGGCGCCUACGGACAGCUUGAGAAAUCAGACAAUUAAGCAACCGAUUCUGUCCCACCCCUUCCAUCGUGCCAGCUGGCCACAGAGGGUUGCUUACCACGAAGAGGAGUGGGAGGAGUCGCUCAGCAUGUGUGUGCUGGUGCGACCAAAUGAGUCAAGUGGCGUACACACUCUGGUGGAAAUCCCGUUGUUUGGUCAAACUAAAUUAGGAGAAUUACUUGCUCCAGGGUUUCACAAGUCCUCUGAGUUUUCCUUCCUAUUGACCACAGUGGACGGCAGCAGAGUGGAUGACAUCAGCGUGAGCAGCUUCAAGAGAAGCAGCAAACAUCCACUAGAGAGACAGCACGGCUGUUUUAGAAGCCUUUUUGAAGCGGAGAGGUGCCCUGCACCGUUCAUGUGUGGCUCUCAGUUUUAUUGUUUCCAUUCCCCGGGAACACAACCGAUGGCCCACAGCAGGCAUAACCCCAGGCAGGAUUUUGGACUUGAGAGAAACAAGAUGGAGGAGUUGCCCCGGCUGCAUCCCAACUCUCUGUGUAGCCGUGAAGCAAGAACAGAGGGGUCGCAUCGUGAAGGAGACAGUGAAGGAGAGCAGAAGCUGGCCAUAGCAUAUGAACGACUGAGGAGUGAACUUCCAAAUUUCUUCCGUAAGAAUCAUGACUACACCAUGUACUCCAAUGAUAUUGAAUUCAUCAAUGGACUUCUCAAUACCAAGACCAGAGGACGGGUGGUAUACCAGCUCACCCUCUCCCUGUGGCGCCUCAUGUGUCUGUUGUACUUCGCUGACGCGCGGCUGGAGGUGCUGAAACUGACCAAGCACAUGGAAGACGGGACCAUUAAGGCUCGCUGGAGGGUCAGGGGCCUUCCCUUCCUUACACUGAUGCUACGCUUCUACCGCAAAGACAAAUCACACCUGUACAGGUCCUAUGAUGCUUUCUCCACAUUCUACAUAGGACAUGACGGACUCGUCCACUGUCAUAAAGUUGAAAAGGUGAUGCCGGCUCAGCCGCCAGUCCUUCCCAGAGUCACGUCCCUCCUGGCCAGCGCUCUCGUGGCUCUGGGGGUGGAGGAGAACCGACCGGCUCUCAAUCUGCUGCCCCUCCUCCUGUCCUCACUGCGGCAAGUCAGAGACUGACGGCGGUUGGAGGAACAACAGCCAAACCUCGGCAUGCUGAAGGUCCACAAGACUAUUUCAUUGUCACCAUAGGAGCACCUGACAAGAUCUGCACGAAUGCUCAUAUUUUUUUGCCCCUGAACAAAAUGCCCAUUUACGCACAGCUUCUUGUCUAACUAGUCGUCAUGGUGGCGUUUUGGUCAACUCUCAAUUAUUACACUUCAUCAGUGUUGUGAACAUAUUUGUUGGAAGAGAAUCUUCGUCCUACAACAUGAAACAUACGUUUGAUUUCUCUCCCUAAUGAAUUCGUUACACAAGACGCAUUUGCUGAAGAGCAAACGCAAACUGUUUCCUGAAAAUGCUCCAUUGUUAUUGUCAAUGUAGAUGUUUGAAGCUGUUCAUGUGCAAUAGGUCAGUGAAGAAAACUCCAUAGACUGAAAAAUCACUUGACAUACGAACCAUUUCAAAUAGACUUAGCAAUGCGAGUUAGUCUUGUGUAAUCAAAGGUGUUGUUGGGUAAAUCUGGAUUUAUUUGUGGUUUAAAAUGUUUACUGUCUACACGAGUGCAGCACUAAAUCUGCUUUGGUUUAUUUUUUCCCUGUGUGCUUUCUGCAUGAUCUUUCCCUAUCCAGGAAUAGUCCCUUCAAACUUUCAUCCACCCAGAUGUGUUCUAGAUUAUAUUCAAUAAAGCCUCCAAUAAUGACGACCAAAAGAA